CGCGCGCAUCGACACCCACUCGCGAUCCAUGGGCAAGGGAUACAAGGGCAAGAACCCCGCCGGCGGCAAGGGCGGCAAGGGCGGCAAGGGCGGAUUCAACGAGCAGCCCGCGCAGAAGUGGCGCAAGGGCCAGGAGGAGUCCUCCAGCGACGAGGAGUCGGAGUCCGAGGAGGAGGGAUCGGGAUCGGAACCCGAGGGCGAGACGCAGCCCGUCGUCGAGGAGGUGAACACGCGCGGCCGGCCCGGCGAGCUGCCCCCAAACUCCAGCGACGAGGAGGAGGAGGAGGAGGAGUCCGAGUCGGAGGACGACUCCGACGACGAGCUGCUCAACCCUCACAGGCGCGCCCCGAGGCCGAAGGCGGUCGAGCCCGUCGUCGAGAAAUCGAAGAAGGAGCUCGAGGCGGACAUGGAGAAGCUGAGGCUCGUCCGCGAGAGGCGCGCGCAGCAGGCGGCCGAGCGGAUCGCGAAGGAGGGGUUCGACAGGUUCGCGCCGCCCGGAUCCGCGAACGGGCCUCCCCUCCCAAAGUCCUAAACCGACGGGAGCGAAACCCAGAGCCCGAUCGCUUCGACGCAACCCUAGGGGCGAAUGGAAGAGCGCCGGCGACGGGCGGAGAGGCGAACUCCGCGCCGCCGCCGGCCGCGUGGCUCCGGUGACACGCGUCGCGAUGCGAGUUACGAUGGCUCUCUUUUAUCCUGAUGUUACAUCGACG